GGCUUGGGGGCGGAGAAGUGUGGGGCUCGCUGCAAGCCCCUUCCUGCGUGUGUCCACCACGCACACGGCCCCACACUUGCGCGCACACAGCCCACUCGCCCACCCCACCCCCGCGACUCGCCUGCACCACCAGGCUGGCGGCCGCGCAGGAUGCGGACGCUGAAGGAAUGUAAACGAAAGCGGAUUGCAGUGGAAACGCGCGGGGUGGUGGAUCGGACUAGUAGGGUGUGAAACUUGGAGAGCUCAUCGUGCAUUGCCCACUUACAGCUGUCCAUGAUGCCGCUCGGGAAAGGCUGGAAGAAAAAGGUUGAGGACAUCACCAGUGUCUACGACGUCAAGGAGAAGCUGGGCGCAGGGGCCUUUUCCGAGGUGCUCCUGGCACAGGAGCAUGGAUCCCAACACCUGGUGGCGCUCAAAUGUAUUCCGAAGAAAGCCCUGCGGGGCAAGGAAGCAGCAGUGGAGAAUGAAAUUGCUGUGCUCAAAAAGAUUCAGCAUGAGAACAUUGUGGCUCUGGAAGACAUCUACGAGAGCCCCACCCAUCUCUACCUGGCCAUGCAGCUUGUAACAGGUGGGGAACUCUUUGACCGCAUAAUUGAGCGAGGCUACUACACUGAAAAGGACGCCAGCCAGCUCAUCCGGCAGGUGCUGGAGGCUGUGAACUACCUGCAUGACCUGGGCAUCGUUCAUAGAGAUCUCAAGCCCGAAAACCUUCUCUAUGCCACUCCGUUUGAGGAUGCUAAGAUUAUGAUUACGGACUUUGGACUGUCCAAGAUUGAGGCUGAUGGGAUCAUGGCCACAGCUUGCGGCACCCCUGGCUAUGUGGCCCCUGAAAUCCUGGAACAGAAGCCGUAUGGAAAAGCCGUGGACUCCUGGGCACUUGGUGUCAUCUCCUACAUCUUGCUCUGUGGCUACCCCCCCUUCUAUGAUGAGAACGACUCUGAACUUUUCAACCAGAUCUUGAAAGCGGAAUAUGAGUUUGAUUCUCCAUACUGGGAUGACAUCUCCGAGUCAGCCAAAGAUUUUAUCCGGCACCUUCUAGAACGUGAUACUGAGAAACGAUUCACCUGUGAACAGGCCCUGCAGCAUCCCUGGAUCUCUGGAGAUACAGCUCUGGAAAAAGAUAUCCAUGGCUCUGUGUGUGAACAGAUCCAGAAGAACUUUGCUCGCAGCCAGUGGAAGCGAGCAUUCAACGCCACAUCCUUCUUGCGCCACAUCACCAAGCUGGGACCUGGUGCAGAUGGCGAGGAAAUCGGAGAGGCCACUUCCGGGGGACAGCACGGGAAAUGGUGAUGAGAGAGGUGCCCGAAGAGCCUGGGCCGCUGCCCUUUGCAUGAGCUACCCUCCUGCAUGCGGCUUCACAGCCACGACGCUGCGCCAGCACCCUUGUCCAAGGGAUGGGGUGUCCUUUCAUUUCCUUCUCCCCCUUCUGGGGAUAUCUCUGCCCUCAGGGGCCCAGGAGUGGAGUCAAGUCAAGUCAACCACUGCCCAGCCUGCUCUUAGCAGAGUGCAGAAUUACCCUGCCUGGGACCAAAGUCCAAUCCCCUUGAGGUUGGUGGACCCAUCACGACCCUGCUGUGUGUGUGUUACUCGCCUCACUCCCAUCUAUGUCAGUCACAGAGGCCAGCGGAGAGUUAGGCUAGGAUGUUGUGGCAAGGAGCGGGAAACCUCCCUCCAACCAACUUUGCAGAUAGAGGUUGAAGCGAGACCAUCUUUAUCCUCCCUGUGAUGGAAACAAAAUGGUAGCUAUAAGUUGGAGAGGAGCUGGUGGAACUGAAGGACCCCCGAGUAGCGAGACAGCUGUGUGGGGACGGUGGACUCUGGAAUGGUCAGGGAAUGUCCUAGUCAGCAGAGCUGCAUCUUGAGCCUUGAGGAGUCCCAAAACUAAACUAGCAUAUGAGAGCUGGGUCAGGACUGAGAAGCAAAUGGCUAGACACUUUGGGAUGCUCAGGGCUUCAGUAGGGAAGUAGCUUGGCUCUGCCAGGCUCCCUGUGGGUGAAGACAGAUGUAACAUUUUAAAAGUGGUGGAGGUGAUUUCAUAGCACUGACAUUGCCCUCCAGACAAACCCUAUUCUGGGGUGAGCCCUGGGUUGUGGGAGCCUAGUUCUUCAGAUUUUCAGUCCAGUACAGUUUGAACCAGGGAAAAGGCAGUUGUGGCAAGCACCUAUUAGCUAGUGUCCACGAUAUCUCCCGCUCACAUUCCUUCUUCCCCCAUCCUGGAUAUGUAUGUGUGUGGUGAAAGAAGAACAAAUACAAGCAUAGGUUUUAAAGCAGCAUAUGUCCACCUAACAAAAAACAUUAGUCUGGUUUUCCUAAUGCAUGAAAUUUGGGGCAAGACACUGAGUUGACACAUCUCUUUGUUCUAGGAAGCAAUUGGCCAAUUCAGUAUUUGACUUGCUGGUAUGUAUGUAGCACCAACUGUGAGUGCAUGUUGUGGGUGAAGAAUCUGCUCUUAGAAUGCUAUGUCUGUCUUGCCUUCUGUUAAUUUAUUACUGUUAUUGUUUGGCCAAGUUAGACAAAGCCUUGUUAGAAUUUUAGAGAAGGGGAGAGCUGGCUGGGUUCUGUCAGGAAGAGGCCUGGACUCCUGGAUGAGUCAGACCAUGCUUUCAGUUAAUGUUGAAGCCAUCACUACAGCACCUCUCUCCCUUUCGUGGAAAAGGACCAGCCGCUACAAGACAACUCCACCAUCCAAACUGCUUAUCUGAGUGGUGCCCCAUUUGUUAGGCUGAUCCCCCAAAGAAGAUGUUGGCAAGGGAAGGAGGUCAGCAAGGUCAAUGGCCCUCUCCUAUUCUCCAUACCCUCCACUAUCUGUCCUCUUCCCCCGUCAGACUGAACAUUUGCUUUGCUGUGUCGCUCGGAGCUGGAGAUUUUCUUGUGGUUCUUGUGGGGAUUGAUGUGGGGGUCGUUUCCUUUGUGCAUCCCCUCCCCUCACACAUGUCAAUAAACAAGUGAAACAGUAA